UUAACCCGGGGGAGUCCCGCGGGAGGAGCGGAGAGAGGAGCCGGGGAGCGGAGCAGCAUCGCCCGGUGCACGGUGCAGCGGGGCCGGGGAGGAGCUGACCCAGAGAUGGCUGUACUCAAACUGGCCGAUCAGCCUCCUCUCAUCCAGGCGAUCUUCAGCGGAGACCCUGAAGAGAUCCGAAUGCUCAUUUACAAAUCCGAAGACAUCAAUGCUCUGGACACAGAGAAGCGUACUCCACUGCAUGCAGCAGCCUUUCUGGGCGAUGCAGAGAUCACCGAGCUCCUCAUCCUCUCUGGGGCUCGGGUCAACGCCAAAGACAACAUGUGGCUCACCCCUCUUCAUCGCGCUGUGGCAUCACGGAGCGAGGAGGCGGUGCGAGUUCUGAUCCGCCACUCUGCUGACGUGAACGCUCGGGACAAGAACUGGCAGACGCCACUUCAUGUCGCUGCAGCCAACAAUGCGCUGCGAUGUGCCGAGGUCAUCAUCCCUCUACUGAGCAGCGUUAAUGUGUCGGACCGCGGUGGACGCACCGCUCUGCAUCACGCCGCCCUUAACGGCCACACAGAGAUGGUGAACCUCCUCCUCGCUAAAGGAGCAAACAUCAACGCCUUCGAUAAGAAGGAUGGCCGGGCGCUGCACUGGGCCGCUUUCAUGGGCCAUCUGGAUGUGGUGUGUCUGCUGGUGAGUCAGGGAGCAGAGAUCAGCUGUAAGGACAAACGGGGGUACACUCCCCUCCACACGGCAGCCUCCAGUGGACAGAUCGCUGUGGUCAAACACCUGCUGAACUUGGCUGUGGAGAUUGAUGAGUCUAACGGGUUCGGGAACACGGCGCUCCACUUGGCGUGUUUUAACGGUCAGGACGCCGUCGUCAGCGAGCUGAUUGAUUAUGGUGCCAAUGUCAGCCAGCCCAACAACAAGGGCUUUACCCCUCUGCACUUUGCUGCUGCUUCCACACACGGAGCGCUGUGUCUGGAGUUCUUGGUCAAUAACGGGGCUGACGUCAACGUUCAGAGUCGUGAUGGAAAGAGUCCACUCCACAUGACGGCCGUUCACGGACGCUUCACUCGCUCUCAGACCCUCAUCCAAAACGGUGGUGAGAUUGACAGUGUUGACAAAGAUGGAAACACCCCUCUCCACAUAGCUGCCCGUUAUGGUCAUGAACUCCUCAUCAACACACUCAUCACCAGUGGAGCUGACUGCACGAGACGAGGAGUCCACGGCAUGUUCCCUCUCCACCUGGCUGCCUUGAGUGCUCACUCUGACUGCUGCCGGAAGCUUCUGUCCUCAGGUCGGAGGUUUAGCAUAAUGUGUAACGACUCGGUCCUGUCUGCAGGCUUCCAGAUCGACACGCCAGACAGUCUGGGGAGGACGUGUCUGCAUGCUGCUGCUGCUGGAGGAAAUGUGGAGUGUGUGAAGUUGCUCCUGAGCAGUGGAGGAGAUCACAACAGGAGGGAUAACUGCGGCAGGACUCCCCUUCACUACGCUGCAGCCAGCCGUCACUUCCAGUGUCUGGAGACUCUGGUUGCUUGUGGUACCGCCAUCAAUGCCACUGACCAGUGGGGGCGCUCUGCGCUGCACUACGCUGCAGCCUCAGACCUGGACAGAAGGCGGCGUGUUGCUCUGGAACCAGAGAGUGAAGGAGUCCAGGCGGAGAGGGAGAAAGAGGCAGCGCUAUGUUUGGAGUUCCUGCUGCAGAGUGGAGCGACGGCGUCUCUGAAAGACAAACAAGGCUACAGUCCCGUUCACUACGCUGCAGCCUACGGACACCGGCACUGUCUGGAGCUGCUUUUAGACAGAGAUGACAGCCACCAGGACGACCCUGAGGCUUCGAAUGCCCGGAGCCCACUGCACCUCGCUGCUUACCACGGCCACGCUCAGGCUCUGGAGGUGCUGCUACAGGGAGAGAGAGAGGUCGACCAGGGGGACGAGUCGGGGCGGACUCCUCUGGCCCUCGCUGCUCUUCGUGGUCACACUGACUGUGUUCACACACUCCUUGGACAGGGGGCAUCACCGCGCACCACUGACACUCAGCAUGGACGCACACCUGUUCACCUGGCAGUGAUGAAUGGCCACACGACAUGUGUGCGCCUCCUUCUGGAUGAAUCAGACGGUUCAGAGCUCGUUGAUGCUGCAGACUCUCAGGGACAGACUCCUCUGAUGCUGGCAGUGGCCGGAGGUCACGUGGACGCUGUGUCGCUGCUGCUGGAGCGAGAAGCAAACGUCAAUGCGGCGAAUAAACAUGGUCUGACCGCGCUGCACCUCGGGCUGCUGUGUGGUCAGGAGGAGUGCAUUCAGUGUCUACUGGAGCAGGAAGCCUCUGUGUUGCUUGGAGACUCUCGAGGUCGGACGGCGAUCCACCUUGCAGCGGCUCGAGGCCAUGCCUCCUGGCUGGGUGAGCUGCUGAGCAUCGCCUGCUCGGAGCCGCCGUCUCUGCCCCCGUUAAGGGACCACAGAGGAUACACGCCGCUGCACUGGGCCUGCUACUACGGUCACGAGGGCUGUGUGGAGGUGCUGCUGGAGCAGAAAGGAUGUCGAUGUAUUGAUGGGAAUCCAUUCACCCCGCUGCACUGUGCUGUAGUGAAUGAUCAUGAACCGUGUGCAUCUCUGCUGCUGGAGGCGAUGGGCUCAGACAUCACUGGCUGCAAGGACUCAAAGGACAGGACUCCUCUUCACGCAGCAGCGUUUGCUGGUCAUGUUGACUGUGUCCAGCUGCUUCUUUCCCAUGAUGCACCUGUGGAUGUUGUAGACCAAUCAGGACGCACCGCACUGAUGAUGGCAGCAGAGAAAGGCAGAGUGGGAGCUGUUGAGGUGCUGUUGACCAGCGCCAACGCUAACUUCAGUCUGACAGACAAAGACGGGAACACCGCUUUACAUCUAGCCUGCAGUAAUGGGAGGGAGGAGUGUGUGAUGUUGAUCCUGGAGAAACUGUCUGACUCUGUGCUCAUCAAUGCUACAAACACAGCACUGCAGACUCCUCUUCAUCUGGCGGCUCGUAGCGGUCUGAAGAAGGCUGUUCAGGAGCUUCUGUCUCGAGGAGCAAACGUUCAGACAGUGGAUGAGAACGGUCUGACGCCUGCUCUGGCUUGCGCUCCUAGCAGAGAGGUGGCUGACUGUCUGGCUCUCAUUCUGGCUACCAUGAUGCCUUUCUGCUCCCCUUGCAGCUCCGGGGCUCCCUCCCCAGGCGCUCUGCUGAGGCAGCUGCCCCACCAGGGGGGGAAAGGUCUGAGUAUUGGCCCCCGGGCCCCACGCAGCCCCAGGAACCCCUCCGGACCUUCCAGUGAGGGAACGACGGAAAACGACUCGGAGGAUUCUGAGACUUUCUGACGUCUGCAAACCGACUCUCUACCCUCCUACCUGGAACUGUGCACCUGAACUUUAACCCCGCCUCCUCGUUUUCGAGGAUACAUGCAGUUUUGAGAGCGCUCUUCAAGUUGGAGGGUAGAGACUUGGUUUGAAACAGUUUGGAUAUUUUCUGCUCAUCAUGAGGGGAAAAAUGUACAGAAUCGCUCCUCUUAGUGCCCUUUUUUUCAGAAACAUUAAGCGGAUUAAUGAACUGAAUCCUUCAGAUGAAGAAGUUGCUCCACAAAGAAGAUUUUGAUCCGGAUCUGUUCGGGUCUGCAUGCUCGUCACACCAUGGUUUGUUCCUUCGACUCACGGGUGCUUAAAUCCAAACCAACCUCGGUACUUCAGCCUCUGCUCGCCUCAGAGACUCGUUUUUGUCUUAAAAAAGAAGAAGCCAUUUUUAACUCUUUGUAUAAAAUGAAGUAGAAAACUAAGAAAACUAAGUGUAAUUUUAACCUUUUUAUGAUUUUUUUGGCUUGUUGUUGUACCAAAUAUUUGACUUCCACAUGUUAAUAAUGAAUAUGACCUGAAGGAGAAAGGUACGUUGAGCUGGAUUUUAUAAAAUUUUAACAACUGAUGCACAAUUUUAACUCUGCUAUUAGGUUUUAUAAGCUGGAAUGUGAAGGGUGCAGCCUUCAAAAAUGUUAAUAUAUCUAAAUAAUCACCAGGAUUAAGGGUAAAGAACACGGGUACGUUUCCAUUCCCUCAUUUGUGCUUAGAUAAUUUUAGGAUAAAUGUAAGUAAACGUGAAUCAAGAAGGCAAAAGAAUGUCAGAAUGUUGAGAGUUUUACUUCUGUCUAUUUUGCAUCUCCAUACAUCAGUGUAAAACUGUAAAUAUUUCAGGUCAUAAAGUGGAGUAAUACCUAUAUAUUUUUCCAUAAAUGUAAUGGCUUUAAGUUAAGGAGUAUGUUUUUUCUCUUACAUGUUCUUCAUUACCUCUGAUAUUUUCAACAAUUUCCAAAGCUGAAGAAAUGCUUAGUUUCUGUAGUUUUAACAGGACAUAUCAUAGCAUCAGCGGACCACCAAUUGGGAAUAUCAGGGAAUCACUUCCAUGAUUCCCCACACUCAACUUAGUCUGUUAUUGACUGUUUGAGAUCCCUCUUAAAUGGCAUGUUUCUUGUCUAAAAUUACUAAGAAAAAACUAAAAUAUACAGAGACCUCCCUCGUGUAAAUCCAAAGGUACAUUUCACAGGAGAUGCACCUAACCUAUCACACCAGCUAGACUGUCUAGAUAUUGUGUGGUUAUAUUUCAGUUCAAUCUGGAAAACCUAUUCAAAGUGUGCGGGAAGGGCAGGAGUUUUCAAAAAAUUCUCAGAAGGUGAUUAGAUCAAUGUUCUGUCUGUGACAUUCAUGAUUGGCCAAUCAGAGCAACAAGACAAAAUGAGGUAGUAAACAUGCACAGUCCUAACGUGAGCUCUACAGGUUAGCGCUGACGUGAUUGAUGGAAAGCAGAGCUUGUCUAUGAAUGAAACUAAUGCUGAAGUAUAUUGGGAGACAUGCAAAAACACCUUCACUGCUAAGAGAAACUUUUGAUUUGGCUCUUUGCUCUUGUUUUUAUAAAGAAAUUUGGCCCAGAUCUGAGAGAACUGCUGCUUUGCCAGUGGUUCCCAAACUUUGUCUUCACUCACUGUACACAUCAAUGUGUAAAAAUAUGUAAGCGUACAACAAAUGCACCGGCAGCCACAGUUUUGUGAAAUAAUCCUUUUUUUUCAUUUAGCAUGACAUAGAACCUCAAAAUUUUGUUGAAAUAAGAACUUCCAUCACCUUAAACAUAGUUUUAAAAACCUGACUCUGAAGAAAUGCAUAAUAGCGCAAAAAAACAAGAAAUUCUGCUAAAAUUAAAAAAUGGUGAAAAUGUUUUUUAAGCUUUAUACUUUAAUUUCUGCAAUAUAUUUCAUUGAUUAUUGUGGGCUUUUGUGCUUUAGAGCUUGUGAGACUGCCACUCUCAGUUUAUUUCCAAUGUCCAGAUUUGAUCUAGGCAACAUCAGAAAAAACCUACCUAUGGGUAGUAUGUUGCAAAAGAAGGAGUGUCCAGGGCUCUCCUGCCCAGCAGUGGGCCCUCCUUUUCCACUCCAAUCCAAAAUGCAGACAUUCUGGGACUUCAAACACAUUGUUGUCUCUGAGGUAACACCAAUUAACUUCUCAACUUCUCCAGUGCUUAAGUCAUCAGCUGGUGUUGCUUUGCCUUGCCUUAACACCCCCCCCCUCGUGCCGGAUAUAAUAAAUGAACCCAAAAGAAUGUGAGCUAUUUUCCCUGAAAUUUACAUCAUGACUAUAUCUUUGCAGUGAAUAUUUUGUUUUCUUCCAUGUCUGUAAAACAUGGAUGAACUGGUUAAUACUGUCUGAAAGGAGGAUCCAUCAGUGAUCAAAUGAGGGAAUUGAGACGUACCUGUGAAUAGAAACAGGGUUUGUGCAGACGUAUGAGUCAGAAGUUUUUGCAUCUUAACUUUUAUUGUCCAAAAUCACCUCCUGCACAGUUUGACCUCCUUGUGAACCAGAACUUUUCCAUCUGGAUGUUUCUAAAUGUUGAAAUCAUUGAAGCACAAGUCCUCCUCCACUAAGACCAAAACGUCUGAAAAGCUCUUUCAGCUCCCUUCAGUUUUUAUUUUCUCCUCCAUGAUGGUACAGAAACUGCCAGCACUUAAAUGUAAAGUAACACAGGGCCUUCACCCCCCAUCUGUCUGUCGACCUACCAGCGAUGUGCCAUCGUCUCAAACGUGUCCAGUGCCUUGAUGUUAUUUAAAAUUAAAACAAAUUCUUUUUUGGUAGAUCCAAAUAAUCUGAUAUUUAAAGGAUCAGCUCAAAAAAACAAAACAAAAAAACAAAAAAGCUGAAUGCAGGUGUUUUUUUAACUGUUUUAAUAUUUGUCUCUCAGAUUUCUGCCUCAGCUCAAAUAAGAAGCUACAAUUUGAGGAUUAUUUUGGUCAUUUUUAUUUUCCCAUAUAAUGAAUGAAAAUUUGGGAAGUGGCAAAGAAAGACUGAAAAAUCAAAGAUGGAUAGAUAAAUAAAUAAACUUAGUCAGGGUGAGCUGCUGAAGUAAAAACUUGUUAAUACACAAAAAUGCUGUUCUGGGAGAGUUCUUAAUAGAGUGGUAUUGGAUAAUUGCUUAAACAGAUACAGAUAUCAGUACCCACGAUUUCACCAGUAUCAGACGUACUUCUGAUACUGGUAUCUGAAUCGGGCCAAAGCUACUUACAAUUUCAAUUUUUCUUUUGAUUUGUACUUUUAUGAAUUAUCUCUGAGUACAUUAAGACUCCUGCACGGUUUGACCUCCUUGUGAAGACUAAGACUUAAAAUUUGCAUUUCUUUUUUUUAAAUUGCAGUUAUCAGAGCUUAUUGUUUAUUUUUCUUUCCUUUUAUCUUUUACUGGCAGAUGUGGGCUUCCAUACAGCUGAGAUUAGGGAACAAGCUUCAAAAAAUGCAUUGUAAAAUCUUUUUGAUCAACUUUCAGGAAAAGUAAAGAAUAUAAUAAAGAACACAAAAAUGUUCCUAGAUAGGCAUAGAAUAAUUUUUCAGCAGUUUGAGUUGCAAAAGUUUCAAUAUGGAGACAGAAAUCUGGACAAAUGAAAGCCAAACAUGUUGCACAAUUAGUGCUUCAAGUCUAUUUUAAUAUGAUUAGAUCAUGAACGUUCUUCUUUUGUUUUUUUAUUGAGCUGGUUCUCCAAUAUCUCCGGCAUAAUCUUUGUGGUUUUGUUACACUGAAUGACAAAGUUUGAGAUAUUUGUUUGAUCUGUGUGAGAAAUAUGCAGUUUUAUUUUUAAUGAAUUUCUUUGUCACUCCGCUGUUUUGUCUCGUGUCAAUUUGUUGAUAUUUUUAAUAUUUUCUUCUUGUAAACAAAAAACAUGAAAAGACCAAAACCUUUAGCAUCUCUGUAGUUAGAACUUUAAACUUUUUAGUUUGUCUGUGGUUGUCAGACAUAAAUCCUGUUUAGAAAGAUGUCAUAAAUACAAGCUUUGACUUCUUUAAUAGGUCUAUUUUUCUUCUCGCAGAUAGAAAUUAUGUUUUUUUUUUUUUUUUUUUAAUCAGAUGUUAGUCAAGCAGGAGAAAAUAUGCAGUAUUUGUGACUAUUUCCACCUUCAGAUUAAUCCACAAUAGAUGGUCUAGUGAGUUUUUCUCAGCCGCAGGACGGUUUAUCAUUACUCAGAAACUUUAAUAUUUAAAAAAAAAUAGUGAACAUGUUAACAAAGUGGCUCACUGACAUGUUUUUACAUUUUUUCUGACACAUUGGAGCUCAAAGGAAGGAAAUGCCCUCUUUGUUUUUGGUUCUGGUCUUUUCGUGAAUUUUCAAACAGUAGGAAAAUACUAGAAAAUCUCCAAACUGAUCAUUUAAUUUGGCUGUGUGUGAGUGUAUUUUAUUUUAGGUACUGAUAUGAAAUGAUUUUGUAUAUAAUGUUGAAGUAUGAAAUUAAGACCUCCAUUAUCACAGUAACACAGGAUGACGUCUCCAUCCUGAUCAGAUGAAGAAUUUGUUGAUUUUUAUUUUCAGGGUGAAAUAAUCAAAAUGAGUGUAUAUUGAUGAUUUGUAGUCUAAAUUUAAUCCCUGUUAGCUGCAGUUUGAUUAAAAACUGAAACUUAAGCACACAGUAACAAGCACAGUGUCAUUGUGAAGGUCUGCUGAAAGACUGAAUCUGUCCACCAGUAUUAAUAUUAUUAUUUUAAAUCUUACAUGAAAUGAUCUUCACCAGUGCUGACAAUCACUCCGUCACCUGUCUGAUGAUUUUCAUACAGUUCCUGAUGCAGUACCACAUGCUGACGGCUGAUUUUCAGCUUCCCUUUGUUUUUUUUUAUGAAUUGUACAAUAAAUAAAAAAAAUCAGUUUGAA